AUGAUUGCAUUUUUAAUGGCUGGAUUUGAAAUCACAUCCACCGCCUUGGCAUGGUCUAUUCAUCUGUUGAGCAAACAUCCACGAGUCCAACAAAAACUCAAAGCAGAAGUGACGGGUGGCCUUGUUAGUCAAGAUUUAUCAAUGGAUCGUCUCGAUUCAUUCGUCUAUUUGGAUUGUGUUAUUAAAGUAGUACUUCGCUUUUCUCCACCUGGUGAUGUUGUACUUCGUACAUUGACCGUUGAUGGCCGUCCACCGAAUAGUGGUGCUCAGUUAUUCAAAGGAGAUCAAAUUGUUAUUCCAAUUCACACACUGGCACGAGAUUCUCAACAUUGGUCAAUUUCUCCUGAUCUUUUUGAUCCAGAAAGAUUUCUAGGCAAAGACAAGUACCAUCAUCCAUAUGCAUUUAUUCCGUUUGACGGUGGUCGUCGUCAAUGUAUUGGACAAGAUCUGAGUCGAUUUGAGCUGAAAGUGAUCAUAGCUCGAUUAAUACAACAUGUUACAUUCGGUGAUGGUGGUCCUGUUGUGAAUGCAGGCGAUCAUUUAACAAGACUGACUAUUAUGCCUAAAUAUGUUGGCGUCACUAUCGAGUUUAAUUAA